AAUAAUCCGACUGUUCAGUGCACCGUCACCACACAACGCGGACGGAGGUUUAGAGAGACUGAACUGUGAAGUUGUACAGGAACUUUAGAGUUAAUUCACUACGAAUAAAUUGAUAUAUUGCUACUUUGUCGUACAUACCUUAGUAAAUGGUGGCAUGUAUGCCUGUUUUAAUACUGUAUCGUCAAUACAUGUGCAACUAUCUGUCGUAGCCUAUUAGCAAAGGAUUUACAAAACACUAAAACAAACCUGGUUUGUUUCCCGAAUCUCAAGAAAACAAUUCGUGAUUUAUUAACGGCUGCAGUGUACCGGGGUGUUUGCUGAAUUACUUCGCCGUAAGCACUACUGCGGAAAACGAGGCUGGGCUGCGGAUGUCAGCGAUUGUCGACCAAGGCCGGCCUUCUGAGCGACUGCGAUGGCUGUGACCGCCCUGUACCUGGAUAUCCGCGUUCCCUGACCGCCUUACGGCCACGCCCUGUCCGAGAGCUACUACCCGGCGCACCUUUUUUAGCUGUAGAACUUCCUUCUUUCAAUUUAAAUUUGCUUGUUCGCAGCCUGAUAUUUGAACCCUUUCUGUGGAGCGUCACCCGGAGCAGAGAUGCCCAUCCUAAAGCAGCUGGUGUCGGGCUCGUCCCAGUCCAAGCGGCGGUCGCGGGCCGACCUGACGGCGGAGAUGAUCAGCGCCCCCCUGGGGGACUUCCGGCACACCAUGCACGUGGGGCGGGGCGGGGACGCGUUCGGGGACACCUCCUUCCUCAGCAGCCGGUCCGGGGAGCCGCCGCGGGACGAGGAGGCCCGGUCCGCCUCCCCCGGGUCCAAGCCGAGCCUGCUCUCUAGAACCUUCCGCAGCAGCAAGCGCUCGCAGUCCGUCAACCGGGCCGACAAGCGCGACACCCUGCUGGCCCCGCCCGGCGACUCGCCCGCCUUCGUGAAGAACGCCGUGUCCCUGCCCCACCUCAACGACGAGGACCACGAGAGGGGCGUGGCCCGGGUGCCCAAAAGCCUGUCCUCCAGCCCGCUGAGGAAGGGGUGCGAGGGGGACCCCAAACCCGUUAACGGGGCGACUGCGGCGGCGGUGGCCGGGGCCGCCCGGGGGCUGGACCUGGAGCUUGACGAGAAGAAUUUUGGGGAGCUGACCGACCUUCCCCCCUCGACCGGCCCCAGGGGGGGGAUGAAGCAUGCCGAGUCCAUCAUGUCCUUCCACAUCGACCUGGGACCCUCCAUGCUGGGGGACAUCCUGAGCGUGAUGGAGAAGAAGGCCUGGGACGAAGACGACCUCGGGUUCGAGGAGGGCAAGAACAGCGAGGGCAGGGCGUCCCCGCCCCUCAGCCCGCCCGCCGAGGAAGAGGAGGAGGAGGAGGAGGAGGAGGAAGAGAGGCUGCAGAGGGCUCCCGUCCGUCCGCCCCGCGCCACUGUUCACGGGGGCGGACCCUACACCCCCGAGCUCCGCCCCCGACACCACCACCACCUGGACAGCUGCUCCGUCUCCAGCUCGGGCUCCGCCGCCCUGGAGGAGAAACCACUGGGCCAGCCGCAGGGGGACUCGGACAGCGCCAAGUUCAGCUCCCCGCAGGGGGAGGACGAGAAAGACUUCUCCUUCAUGGACGAGGACGAAGACGAAAUCAGAGUGUAGAGGAGGACGCGCGCGCUACUCAAGUUUAUGAAAAUGGCGUGGAAAGGCGGGAUUUGGGUGACUCUAAAAUGAGUAGUUGUUUAGGACGCGUUAGAGACGAUCUCCUCAGACCCCACCAAGGGGGUGGGAGGGUAGCUAAGAGCCUGAGGGAAGAGCCCAGUUUUUCUCCCAAAUAUUUUUAAACCCACAGUCCCAUGAGUCAUACUUCAUAGCAUUACGGAAUUACACUGCUGUCCCUGGGUAGAGUAGGACUGGUCACUACACACACACACACACACACACACACACACACACGGUGAUGCCACUACAGUACUGUCGCUCCUGGGCCCUGGCACAUGGGUCAGGUUACAUCUGAUACACUGAUGGAUCUCCAUUUGCUCAGACUCGGGACAGAGCCGGCGCUUUGGCGGAAAAGCCUCCGUUGCCAUGGUGACGGGAUGUUCUCACUGCCGUCUGGUUAAUCCAGGAGGAUUUGGGAUCUCACGAAGGCAGCGGUGUUAGUUGAAGGGGACAGCAGCCUGCACCAUGUCGUUUUUUAGUUUGUAAAAAAAAAUAAACGUGUGUGCGCCCGUGUGUGUUACACGCAUCCGCCAGUCUCACGUGAGAGCUUAUCAGAGAGCUUCCUUGCUGGUUGCUGGUUCAGUCACAGUGUUUUUGGCAAAAUGCUGUGUUGACAGGCAGCCCCUGCCACCAAAGCAAGAAGCCCAGAGCAAUCCCUUCCCACAGCCCUCCCUCCAGUUACCCCCCCCCCCCCCCCUACUCGCUCUCGGUCUGUGAGACACAUGGUGAAAGGGACUGGCACAGUCUUAACUGCAGUUUCCCACAGAGGGGAGACAGGCUUAGAGUGCUGAGAAUAGAAAGUAUAGUAGGCCUUAGCAGCCUAGCACUUUUAUACUGGAAGUGCGUGUGUGGUUGUGUGCGUGCGUGCGUGCGUGCGUGCAUUUAUGUGUGUGUGUGUGUGCAUGUCAGUGAGGAGAGUGCUAGUUUCACAAAAACUUAUAGGUCUACAGAUCUGUUCCAAUCCUCUCCUCUUUUGAGAUUAAUACCUGCAAUAACACAUAAUUGUGAUUUCCCCAAUACUGAUAUUUUUGUAGUACUGAUUGUAUGUACAUAUUGUUGCAUUGCCAGUUGGUCCCUAGCUGUAAUUUUUUGGAAUUCCUUGCUUUAUCAUUGUCUUUAUUUUCCACCUGAUCACCUGACAGGAAAUGAAGAAGCACAAAGGAUGAUCCCCAAGUGUAUUCUGGGAAUCUGAGUUUUUGGCUAUGUAAACAUUCUCUGUCAUGUGUAAGCCAGUCUUUGCCUACAAGGGAACCAGAAAAAGAAAAUUAAAGCUUGCUGACUGUACAUACGCUUUUAGAAUUCAUUCUAUUUAGGGAUUCACUUUGAGUUGAGUUAUUUUGUUUGUUUGUUUCCAAGGUACUUAAGUUCACACCAGACUUGAGCUGUAAAAAAAACUGACAACCUGUCUGCACGUAACAGCAUCUAACACUGUGGCCUUUAAGUGGUUCGAGCCCUCCCCAAGUAGAACCACAAGACAGUGGGCAUGGGCACCCUGGCAUUACUGGCAGUGGCUCCAGUGUUUUGUUAAUUCAGAGCUCUAUGACCCUAAAACACUAAUACUUUUGUACAGAUUUCUACAAACAUUUGACAAACAUUAAAGUAUAUGCUUUUAAUUUUUUUUUUCUCUCCCCUCUUUUUCUUUCCCAACUUUUAAACACAAACUAGCUGUAAAAAAAAAUUUGAAACAAGAACUGCGUGGCAUUUCUUAGUACAGUAACGUUUGAAUAGUGACAUCUUUAUUGCCACUGUUUCAACUACGAAUGUCAGGGUUCAAAAUGGCUGACUGGUCAGAGGAAUCAGGGUAUUUUAUGUGUCUUGGAGUGUUCUGGUACGUGCACAUUUUGCGGAGAGAGAGAGUGAUGAUUGAAGGGGUGGAGAGAUGUAGUCAGGGUGUCGAAUGAUUUGACGUGGUCCCUCAUGUUUUCUUCCAAGGCUCAGAGGAACCUGCGACAGCUCUAGCGCUUUUGCAUUGUGUUACCUACAGCCAGAGCUGAAGAACUUUAUAUCACAGUGCUGGCAACGGCAGAGGAUUUCUGUGUGACUUAAAUGUUCAUUUAAGUUUCUUACACAGCUGUACAGUGGGCAAGGGCUAUAAUGAACCAGCCUGGUUCCAGCUCUACUGUGAAAAAGGGCUAAAAUAAGCCAGCCUGGUUCCAGCUCUACAGUGGGAAACGGCUAUAAUUAUCCAGCCUGGUUCCAGCUCUACAGUGAGAAAGGGCUAUAAUAAGCCAGUCUGGUUCCAGCUCUAAAGUGAGAAAGGUAUAAUGAGCCAGCCUGGUUCCAGUUCUGUAGUGGAAAAGGGGCAGGUCUCUUUUGAAGCUACUGCCCCAUCAGCACACCCAUCCCCUAAUAUGCCUGCUCUCUGCUCUGGCCUUAACACACAGCAGCCCGUGCUGGGAAGCAGGAAAAGCCUGUCUGCUUUCGCUUCCAUUUCAUCUAAUCUGAUAUUUACAGCCUGUUCCUCGCUCUGAGGGGAGAUGACAUUACACAGAGAGGGACGGGGAGGGAGAGUCAUCUUUUUUCCCGGAGGUUUCCGGAUCAUUCCUCAUUAGUGCGAUUUAUCCGGUGCUCGGGAAGGAAUCCACCGAUGCUGUACUCUCGUGCCAAAAAAAAGCACCCCCCCCCCCUUCACCCCAAACAAAAGAAGAGCUCCAACUGUUUGAAAAUGCGGUCACUCUCCAUACACUUACUCUAUUGAUGCCGCCCUGCUGCCGUCACAGUGCGGUGUGGGUGCAAGCUGGUGAAUUAAUUUGUUUAUGUGGAAAAUCUUGUUUGCCUGGUAAGCAGAGAGCAGGUUUUAACCGACAGCGGCCUGGAGAUGCAUGCUGGGACAUAUUUCUCCAUCGGGGGAAAGCCGGUGGAAAGGGAGCGGCCAUGAUUCUGUUUCAGGAAGAGUGCGGGAACGCUUGGGAAAUGUGUGCCAAAUUUCAGAGCGCCCCGUUUCGCUUCAGUCCUUCAGUUAUAAAGCGUGCUUGUAGUCUGGGACUGUGCCGAACACAAGCUCGUGUGGGGUAAAGUGAAUGUGAAUGAGUUGUUGGAAAAGAAGGUGGGGGCUCGGUAUUGAUAAAUCGAUGGGGCUGGUGUGUCUCUGGCGUGGAGGUGUUAUUAGAAAGGUAAAUCCCUGUGACUGUGGGAUUAGAGGAGAGGUGACCGUUGCUGUGGGCUGUGCGUGUUAUUGAGGACUAGUCAGCAGAUUCUGUUGAAGGUCGGUCUUUUCAUUUUUUAAAUUGUUUUCUUUUUUAAAAAAUAAAAUCUUGCUGAUUCAGUCUCCAGGUGUUUGUGUUGUGGGUUCAGUGAGUGGUGCGUUCGGCCCACAUGAAGAGGAGCUAACGUAAGCUUGUGGCGGCGCCGACUGACUGACCCCGUGACAAAGAACGCGGCGCGUUGUGCGCUCAAUCCGGACGGGACGGCGCGCGGUUUGUUUACCGUGUCACACCUCUUCGUUCGCGGUCUCUGCGUCGCCGUGGUGAUGGAAGCCACAGGUGUGGCUGUGUCAUGUUUGUGGCACGCGGUGGCAGCUUCUGCGGCGCAGUCAGAGAUUGAUUCACGGUACCCGUCUGAGAACGCCCGCUUUAGUGCCUGCUUGGGGGGGGGGAUCGUCUGAAACGACGGGGAAAAUGUUUUAAUUAAGUUUCAGCUGUAGAUUUUUAUUUUAUUUUAUAAAAUUUUUUUGUGAUGUUUCUUUCUCUCUCCUUCUGUAUAAAUACCUGUAAUUACCUUCUUUGCUUUCCUCUUCCAAAUAACAACUAUAUUUUUCAAUAAAACAAAAAGCUGGUAAUCUUAA